AUGAACAUCUGCAAGAAACCCAUCUCGUUUCAGGCGGACCGCGACAUCCCCCCGCUAGACGGCAAAGUCAUCCUCGUGACAGGCGGGAACAUCGGUCUGGGGAAGCAAUGCGUCCUCGAAUAUGCAAAGCACAAUCCGGCGAAGAUCUACCUCGCUGCGAGAACCCCCUCCAAGGGGCAGGCUGCCCUCGAAGAGAUCCAGCGGGCACUACCCAAAAAGGCAAACAUCGUGCUCGUCGAACUCGACCUCGCCUCGUUCGACUCUGUGAAAAAGGCCGCGGCAAGAGUCCUCACCGAGUCUGAGAGACUGGAUAUCCUCAUGUUGAAUGCAGGGAUCAUGGCGACGCCCCCGGGCCUCACCAAGGACGGGUACGAGCUGCAGUUCGGGACAAAUUACCUCGGCCACGCGCUCCUCGCGAAACUCCUCAUCCCACUACUAGAAAAAACAGCGACUCUCCCCUCGGCCGAUGUCCGCAUCGUAACCCUCGCCUCGCACGGCCACAUGUACGCCCCGAAACCGGACGGGAUAAAGUACGACACCCUCCGCACGGACGCCGAGAGCCUGGGCGCCUACGGCCGGUACGGACAGAGCAAGCUGGCCGCCGUCCUGUGGGCGCGGCAUGCAGCGAAACUAUACCCGCAGUUCACGAUCGCGUCUAUUCAUCCGGGGGUUGUGCGGACAAACCUGAUGAACAAUGCGACGGGGUCGCCGCUCAUCGUUCGGAUUCUUGGCAAGGUGGCGAAUAGGGUUGUGGCACCGGUGGAGCAGGGGGUAAGGAAUCAGCUCUGGGCGAGUGUUGCGGAGGGGGUGGUGAGUGGGGAGUAUUAUGAGCCUGUGGGUGUUGGGGGGACGGCGACGGAGUUGGGGAAGGAUGACAAGCUUGCUGAGGGGCUGUGGAGGUGGACAGAGGAGGUGCUCAAGGGGUAUGCUGUGUAG